AUGUGGUACAGUCGUGCUGAGCGCAUCAGCCCCACCCACAAGUACCGUUAUCCAUUCCUGGACAUCUGGUUCUACACAGUCGACGGCGACACUCUGCGCUUGAACUACUGGACGGAAGAGGAGAAGGCGGGAGUGGCCUUGGCUCCUGUAGCCCCUGGAUCUGCAAUCAAAAGCUCUCGCCUGUACACUCACGAGAAGCACAAGGACAAAUACGAUGACAUGCACACAGUCUAUCGCAAACAAGACUUCCUUCCUUUGGUGAAACGGUACUACGGUGGAGCGUUAGUGGGUGCGCCUGUGAACUCUGCACGAUUGCUGUAUGACAAGUUUGGCAACUUUGACGUCUCUUGUUUUCUCGGGGGCUGGAAUCACAGGAAAGAGGUGUGGGUGGCCUCUCGUCCGUUUGACUGCUGUGCGGUCUAUGGCCGUGUGCCGUUUGUCGAGCGAUCACAUGUGCAUAGCCACGACGGCACCUUACUAUUGGUAGAGACACUCAAGGCAAACAACACCACAGUACACCACCUACUCGUGGAUCAGCACCAGCGUAUGGUAUACAUGCCACCCUAA